AGCGUUUAUUGAUGGACAAGAUCAAGUGGCAAGCAUAAAACGUUCUUCAGACUUGCUCCAAAGCAAAGCUGUUCUUUCGUUUUCACCGACUGUGGAGUAGCCAAGGAGAAUACAGAUAGCCAACUAUCUCUGACCAGGUACUGUGGUGCCUGUUGCGUCGACUCGACUUGCUCCCUGAAAUUUUAUUUGAGCGAGAUAUUUCACCACCGUAGCACCAAAUCAAGUGGGACCCAUCCGCUGGUAAAUACUUUGUCUCCGUAGCCAAUUCUCCCAUCCUACACGAUGUCAAGCGCUGCGGAGAACCUUCCUCCGGGAGUCCUUCGCAAAGUGGUGAAGGAAAUCGGUGGCCUGCUGAAAGAACCGCCGGAGGACGUGAAGGUGCUGCCACUGGAGGAGAGAGUGACGGAAAUCGAGGCGGUGAUCACUGGUCCAGCUGGCACUCCGUUCGCUGGCGGUGAAUUUCGCAUGAAGUUGGUGCUUGGAAAGGACUUUCCGGCAGCCCCACCUAAAGGUUACUUCACAACCAAGAUAUUCCAUCCGAAUGUAUCGGCAGCUGGGGAAAUCUGUGUGAACACGCUCAAGAAAGACUGGAACGCCGAAAUGGGCAUCCGUCACUUGCUACUGACAAUCAAGUGCCUGCUGAUCGACCCCAACCCGGCAUCGGCUCUCAACGAAGAGGCUGGAAAGCUGAUUCUCGAAGACUACGCUGAGUAUGGUCGGCGAGCGGAAAUGAUGACACGGAUCCAUGCCAUGAAGUCCGUGAAGGAUUCCGACGACAAAAAAGACACAGCGGCAGCCAGUGGUGGUAGCUCUGCCACGUCUACCAGUAAGUCGUCAGCCGACAAGAAGAAAUCCGAUCGGAAAAAGAACCUCAAGCGGCUGUGAUGUGCUGUGCGUGCCGUCGUGUUUCGUCUUCGCUGUUGCUUUCGUUGCGCGGUUGCUUUCGUUGCGCGGUUGCUUUCGUUGCGCGGUUCCUUUGGCAGUGUAGCGUGAGCUGCUGUCGUGUGCCGCGCCUGCCCGUACUGCUACUGCUCUGUAUGUGUGUGUGUGUGGCGUUGCUCGUGACUCGUGCCCUAGAUUUCAGCUUGAGGUCUGUCUGCCAUGCUCUGUUGGAACGUUGUCGUCCUCAUCCGCCCGCCCGUUCCCGCUACCCAUUUCCUUAUUUACUCGCCCUUUAACACGCUAUCUAAGAUCACUUAUCGCUUGCUGUUCGCCGCACCCAUUGCAUGUCUCGUGCCUUGCGUGGAUGUCGGUUGAUUUAACUUGCCCCCCCCCCAACCUUUAUAAUAAAUUGUGUCUUCCCCUUUCUAGAGUUGAGAAGGAAGACGAAGAGAUAUAUCACACGCCGGCUCGGGCUGGCCAAUGGCUGUUGUGUUGCUGUUGGUUUUCUGAAGAGAUAUAUUUCUCAAGCAGCAGGGCGUAAUGCUUUGCUGCCGGUUUUAUCAUGUCCUCGUCUCACGCUAGUAGUCAUUCUUGAAUAGUUCUGAUGAGAGUAGUAAUAUUAUUAUAGCCAUCUA